GCUUGAGAAACCCUAAAUCCGAGAACGCACAAACUCCCUGAACGCACCAUCAGUCACGUUGCUUUACUCCGAUGGCAACGAUAAACUGGGCACGUAAAGGGAACACAAUGUCGGCGUAAAUUUAGGUUAUUGCGGUGGGCGAUGCGGAAGACUGGGAGGAAAUAUGACUGUGUGGUGGCAGCUUUGUUUAAGACGUAAUUAAAAUUUGGCGAAUUUAGUUUGCUAAAGUUAUACUUUCCAGGUACCAACGGCUAGCUGGUAAAUUGAAGUGCAGCUUAGCAAAGUAACCAGCUGAAGGACGCCGCUCCAAACGAGACUGACUUCCGCUUCAGUAGUCGCGGGGGAAACGCGACCGCCGCCAUGGGGAUACAUUGGUCUCGGUGCGGCUUCAGCAUGUCGCUCCUCCGGGAGAGACCGAACGCGGAUCGGCCAGGAAAACACGAACACUCCGAUGAUGACUCUCUGGAUGGGCUCGACAGGCGGGAAGACAUCGCUCAGUUUCCUUACGUGGAGUUCACCGGCAGGGACAGCAUAACAUGUCCAACCUGUCAAGGCACCGGACGAAUACCGUCAGAGCAAGUGAAUGAGUUGGUUGCAUUGAUCCCGUACAGUGACCAAAGGCUGCGGCCCCAACGGACGAAGCUGUAUGUAGUCCUCUCGGUUGUGCUCUGCCUUCUGGCCUCUUCCCUGGUUGCUUUCUUCCUCUUUCCCCGCACUGUGGUCGUGGUGGAUGCUGGGAUACGCUCGGUAAACGUGCGCUUUGACCACUCAAACAUGAGGGUCCUGAUGAACAUGACGAGCACGCUGAACUUCAGCAACCCAAACUUCUUCUCGGUGCUGGUGCAGAGUGUGAGCUCCCAGGUCCUUUAUAUGAAGACAGUGAUUGGGAAUCAGCAGCUGAACAAUGCCACUACCAUACUGCCUCUCAGCAAGAGUCAGGUGAACUACACAGUCAGUGUGGAGAUCGGCGUCAGUGCACCCUAUGUCUAUGCCUUCUGCACCAUGCCCAGCAUCAAGGUCCACAACAUUGUCGUAUUUAUGCAAACUACAGUGAAAACCUCGUACAUGGUGCGAACAUCCCAGAACAGCCUGGAAGCUUAUCGCUACAUAGACUGCGGUUCCAACACCACGUACCACCAGACAGGCAAUGAGCGCUUCUCCCUCAACCCACCACUGCUGUGAGGGCCGUGGUCCCGGACCAUUUCUGUGGAGGAAACAUGGACUAUAGUGAAGACAACCACCAGCCAGCAUCAAUAUGCCAAAAAGUGUUUCUUUUUUUGUUUGUUUGUUUGUUUCUAAGCUCACAGACAAGGGAAGUUGAGGUAACUGACUGUUGGCUGGAAAACAAAGGUGUGGUGGAGGGGACGUUGUGACAUCCAAUUUAUUACUUUCACAGCCUGGAGGCAGCCAGUAAGUGGUUUUGAUGUGGUUGUGAAGUGAAACUGUUGCUUCAUAGGAGGGUAACCUGGGUUCAGCAUUGCUUUUCUGAAGUAUAUCUCAUUCGAUGAGCUGAAUCAGCUUAGGCAACUAACAUUUGUGGUUUUCACUCUAAAGUUCGAAAGUAGUUUUGUUAUUUUAGGCUCACAGGAAUGCUCAUAGGCUGUGUUGUUGAGAUGGUUAAGUUGGAUGAGUGAGUGCCCUCUAUUAGGCAGAGAUUCUAGACAGCUCUUGUUUGUUUAAAAAAAAAAAAGACAUUUCCACAAAAGCUUGAGUAUUGCAUAACCCUGUUUUUCUCU